AUGGAAGGAAUCGAGAUGAACGGUCACUCGGCUCCUCCAGCACCACCUUCAGAUGCGUUCGAAUGCCCUCCGUCUCCGCCUCCUCCACCUCCUGAUGAUUCGGGCGCUCCUCCGCCGCCACCGGAUACUGCACUCCCACCUCCGCCGCCAGAGGAUGCACCACCCGCUCCUCCACCAACAGAGCCUUUGAAAAAGAAAGCAGGAUGGGGUUCAAAAAAGCCAGCUGUAGCUCCGCUGAGUGUGGAAGAGCUCAUCAAGAAGAAGAAGGAUGCCGACGCUGCUGCCGCAAAGCCCAAAUUCUUGUCCAAAGCAGAACGUGAGAAACUCGCACUAGAAAAAAGAGCCAAGGAAGUGGAAGCUGAACGACAAGCAAAGGCGAAACCCAACGGGGCGUCCCAUAACGAGAUAUGGGUGGCCGAGUUCCUACAGGGCCACGCGCCAUGCGUAACGACAUUCCUACGGGUCCAGCUGCGUCGCGCAAUGGACCGGGACCUCGAAACAACAGGGACAUGGACCCGCCACCUCACCCCAAAAGCGAAGAACGCCAAGGGGGAGAAACGACCGAUGACAGAGGAAGAUCAGGCCGCGGCGCAGGCUGCGCUACUGAAACAGCGAUACAUGGGUACAGAACAGGUAUCAAACUUUUCUGCCAAGAAGAAGCGCAAGCGCACUACAGACCGCAAGUUCAACUUUGAAUGGAACGUCGAGGAGGAUACAAGUGGCGACUACAACCCCUUAUACCAAAGUAGACAUGAGGCAAACUUCUACGGACGCGGGCGACUUGCAGGAUUUGGAGAGGACGUUGCGGAUAGCAUGGCGCGCAAGUAUGCGCAGGCUCUUGAGACACAGGACCAAGAGUCGGGAAGCUUGCGUGCCAAGGAGAUUUUGGAGAUGGAGCGCCGUCGCCGUGAAGAGAGUACGCGCAACCAGCUCGACAAGCACUGGAGCGAAAAACGACUGGACCACAUGCGCGAACGUGACUGGCGAAUCUUCAAGGAAGAUUUCAAUAUUUCCACAAAGGGUGGCAGUGUUCCAAACCCGAUGCGUUCUUGGGAAGAGAGCAAUCUUCCGAAACGUUUGCUUGAGCUCAUCGAUCGGGUGGGCUACAAGGAGCCCACGCCAAUUCAGCGCGCCGCAAUCCCAAUCGCACUUCAGUCCCGAGAUCUUAUCGGUGUCGCUGUCACGGGUUCCGGUAAAACGGCCUCAUUCCUACUCCCAUUGCUGGUCUAUAUCUCUGAACUGCCGCGCUUGGACGAAUUCGAAUGGCGCAAAAAUGACGGGCCCUAUGCCAUUGUCUUGGCACCAACUCGUGAAUUGGCCCAACAGAUUGAGAUCGAAGCCAAGAAGUUCACACAGCCCCUUGGUUUCAACGUUGUCAGUAUUGUUGGUGGUCACUCCAUUGAAGAGCAAGCAUUCAGUCUCCGCGAUGGUGCAGAGAUCAUUAUCGCUACACCCGGUCGUCUCGUAGACUGUAUCGAGCGCCGGAUGCUUGUACUCAGUCAAUGCUGCUACGUGAUUAUGGAUGAAGCCGAUCGUAUGAUUGAUCUUGGUUUCGAAGAGCCAGUGAACAAGAUCCUCGACGCUCUGCCCGUCACCAACGAAAAGCCCGACACAGAAGAAGCUGAAAACCCCCGUGCCAUGCAGCAACAUCUGGGUGGAAGAGAUCGUUAUCGCCAAACAAUGAUGUACACAGCCACCAUGCCUGCUGCCGUGGAGCGCAUUGCACGGAAAUAUCUUCGCCGUCCAGCCAUCAUCACCAUCGGUGGUGUCGGCGAAGCAGUCGAUACAGUCGAGCAGCGUGUCGAAAUGAUCUCCGGCGAAGACAAGCGCAAGAAGCGUCUCGCCGAGAUUCUCACCUCAGGCGACUUCCGACCACCGAUCAUCGUUUUUGUCAACAUCAAGCGAAACUGUGACGCGAUCGCUCGUGAGAUCAAACAAAUGGGCUUCUCGUCCGUCACAUUGCACGGUUCCAAGACGCAGGAUCAGCGUGAAGCUGCACUUGCGUCAGUACGGAGUGGUUCGACGGAUGUACUGGUCGCCACCGACCUCGCUGGUAGAGGUAUUGAUGUUCCGGAUGUCUCGCUCGUUAUCAACUUCAACAUGGCCACCUCCAUUGAGAGCUAUACGCAUCGUAUUGGUCGUACUGGUCGUGCCGGUAAGAGUGGUGUUGCCAUCACGUUCUUGGGCAGCGAAGACUCCGACGUCAUGUACGACCUCAAGCAAAUGCUCAUCAAAUCACCCAUCUCGAGAGUACCGGAGGAAUUGCGAAAGCACGAGGCCGCCCAGUCAAAACCAACGCGCGGUCAGGGAAAGAAGAUCGAGGAUAGCUCCGGGUUUGGAGGCAAAGGUGGAUGGGCGUAA